AUGGGAUUGAAGAAAAACAUCCCAUCCAUCCUAAUUACAAUAGCAGCAAUCUUCUCUAUCUUAUCUUUUAUUAGUUAUUCUAUGAAACCUAAGAAGAUUGCUAAUGUUAAACCACUCAAUACUUGGAUUUUAUACUAUGCAACUUUUGGAAAUCCUUCAAUUGAUAAGAAAUUUAUUGGAUGGAGAUAUAAGAAAAACAAAUAUUUGGAUGAUUGGUAUGAACCACCCGUAAGUGCACCAUUAGGACUCUUUCCUCAAAGAGGUUUAUAUUCAACUCACGACAAAUUAAUUAUAGAAGAUCAAUUUAAAGAAAUGUCGGAAGCUGGUAUCAAUGGGGUAAUAGUUCAAUGGAUAGGAUUCAAUAAAACUACAGAUAACAAUAAUGAAGAUGUCGAUUUUGUACCUAAUACAAUUAAACUCAUGCUAGAAUCUUCAGAAAGAUAUAAUAUUAAAAUUGGCGUACUUUUACAAUCAUAUGAACGUAGAACUAAUACUUCAAUUUACAAUUCUCUCGAAUAUAUACUUACAAAUCUAUCAUCACAUCCUCAAUACUUGAAAUACGAAGGAAGGCCAGUAAUAUUCAUUUACGAUCCUCAUGAUGUUGAAGAUCUUUUCUGGUCAAUUCUAAAGACAAGAGAAAAUUACAAUCCAUUUUAUAUUGGAACAUUCUCCAACUCUUAUCAAGUUGGAGAAGCUGUUGAAACAGCUAUUGAUGGAUUAUAUACAUUUUUCUCAGCAAAUUUCUCGGAAUCUUCCCGAUUUUCAAACUGGAAACGCUUCUCAAAUGAAUUAAAAGACAGAGAUCUUGUAUUUAUUCCAGGAGUCUGCCCUGGAGCUGAUGAAUCAAGAUUAGAUAUAGGAUGGGGAUCAAAAGCUCAAAAGUGUUCAAGGAAUAACGGUGAAGAGUAUAAAAAGAUGUGGCAGGCUGCAAUAAAAACUGCUCACGACUCAAACAUAAUUGUUAUUAACUCAUAUAACGGUUUUAUUGAUGGAACAAAUAUAGAACCAUCAAUUGAGUUAUAUGGAAGAGAAUCCACUGCAGAAAGUUGGAGUUCUAAAAAAGAUCCUCAAUUAUAUUUACAAAUAACGAAACAAAUGAUCCAAAAAUGGAAUGAAACUAAGUUCCAGAAGAGUGAAUGGGAAGAUUAA